AUGAGAUCACUCUUUGACUCGUUGAGACUACUACUAGCUUUUGAAAGUUGCAUUAGAAAAGUGGCUAACGUAAAUUCUUCUUGUUCACUGAAUUCAGUUGGUUGAUGUAGUAAUGUUCAUAUAUAGAAUUUUAUAUCCUAUUAUAUUAAUUGGUUUUUAAGAUAUUGAUAUUUCAGCUAUUAUUGGUCAUUUUUUCGUUCUGGAUCUCACAACUGUAAGUCCAUGAACUCAUAAAAUGUUUUGGAUUUAUUUUUUAAAAUGAUGCUCUUUAGGAGGUAGUUAUUGUACCAACCUUAAGGAAAAGGUGUACAGAUUGAUAGUUUCAUAUAGGUUGAAACAAUCUCUUGUUAAAUGGUUUGAUAGAGUGAGACAUCUUGGGGUUAAGGUUUCUUUAAUCAAAAUAGGUAUACCUACACAGUAAAUAUUGGCACCUCGUCUAUGCAUGCCCAUCUAUGUACUAACCUCCAUUAAGGUAGCAGCUCCUCGCAUUUGUCAACACUAUAAUUUUAUGAAGUGUGUUAUAGAAUGUUGACAAAUAAACCAACCCAAGAAAAUAGAGUUCUGAUGUCGCGACGACGAUGCGUCGACGAUGCACCAGAAUCUUGAGCGUUUGGGAUGAUUGUCAUGUAGUGUCCACAGCCUCGAAGGCUCUUCUUGGACAAAGAUGACGUAGGCAAUCUCUAGAUCUUCUCGUGAAGUCUAGAGAUUAAGGAAAUAGGUCGUUGAGUCAUCUCUAGUGGCUGUCACCUGGCAGAGUAGAAAAAUGGCAACUUUGCGGCUCUCUGACGGCUGUCACCCGACGAAGAAGAGUUGGAUGGAGGUGGGGCGCAUGUCAGGGAUCUUCAUCUUCAGGUCUGCACAGCAAGAGGAGGCUCUUCAUCGCAUCUGGUAUGCUCUCAGGAGGUGGUGA